CAAAACUCUCUACUGAACAACUGUGGUGAAAAACGGAACAAUAAAACUGCAAACCCCUUUCAAAGUAUGCAAUCUCUGUUAUGCUGAAACGUGUUCCUUUAUCAUUAGUGACUCAUAAAUGAAAGAACCACAUAUUUUAUUAAGGCAGGUUUUUCUGUGGUAUUUGUUGCUGGCUGUGUGUUGCAGCCGUACUUGCAUUGUGAGUUACAAUGUUACAAUGUCGAUGUUGUAAAUCGCUUCACAGAAAAUGUGUUCUCGUUUCUUCAAAUGCCUACGAAUGAGACAGAGCCGUGUGCAUGCCGAACAAGAUUCUGACAUGCCAGCCGAUGGCAUCAGCCUAGCACAGCAGCAGCAGCGGCUGCAGCAGGUCGUCGUUUCUGCAUCUAAUACAUCGCUGCAGCGGGAAGUAUCACAGAGCACACUCACACAUGCUGCUGCAGUCAACGGCGAUAAAAGCGCUCUGUCGAAACUCAUAAAUAAUCAUUGUAAUGAAAUCAACACCAAGGAUUCGUUUGGACGGAGUCCGCUGACGUUGGCCGUACUCGCUGACCGGCUAGAAUGUGCUGAGCUUCUUAUCAAGCAUGGCUCUAAGGUCAAUAGCUUCGACAAUGCUGGAAGGACGGCACUCCACUGGGCCGCUUACAAGGGUAACACAAGGCUGUGUAAGGUACUCCUUUCCAAAGGAGCUGACUGGAAGAUCAAGGACAAAGAGGGCCAAACAGCGUUGCACCUAGCAACCCGCCAUGACAACACAAAAUGUCUGAUGCUCCUUAUUAAGCAGUUGGAGCCUGGUGAGCAGGAUGAACAAGAUAAUGCAAAAAGAACUGCUCUACAUUGGAGUUCUUCAUAUGGGAAUGAGGAAGCAGUCAAGCUGCUCAUUAAGCAUAAUUCUAACAUCGGCAUACCAGACACAGAUGGGAAGACACCACUCCACUGGGCUGCCAGUGCUGGUAACUCCCCAGCGGCCGUCAACACCUUGCAACUCAUACUGGAUACAGAACCAAGUGUCAUCACCUGGCAGGAUUACGAGGGACGGACAGCACUGCAUCUUGCUGUCGCCCAGGGCAACGAGACCAUCACCCAGCAACUCAUCAACUUCCAGACGACGUUAGUCAAGUGCAAUGUAUCGGUUCUUGAUAACAUGUUCCGUACCCCUCUUCACUGGGCGGCAGUGUUGGGCCACACCCAUAUUGUGAACCUGCUCCUGGAUGCAGGCGCUAACGUCAGCAGUUCAGACGCCAACGGCGCUACUCCUCUACACUAUGCAGCACAGAACAAUCACGCCGAUACCGUUGUUUCUUUCCUGAGUCGUGAGAGCAUAACGGACGAGCCCGACCUGGAGGGUCGGACAGCCCUGAUGUGGGCGGCGGGCAAAGGGGCUGAUGAUGUCAUCAGCAGCAUGGUUGAAAUUAGCCAACCAGAUAUCAACGCAACGGACAAGACCGGGGCAACAGCUCUGCAUGCCGCUGCCAUGUGUGGUCAUCCAAGCACUAUUAAUGUAUUACUGGAGCUUGGUGCCCUAGUCAACAUCUUGGACCAGUCAAAGCACACACCGUUGUUUAGGGCAGCAGAGAUGGGACAUACAUACGUUGUCAAAGCGCUCAUACAAGGUGGCGCUCUGGUGGAUAUAUUGGACCAAGAAGGCCGGUCACCUAUUCAUUGGUCGGCGUUGGGUGGUCAUACCUGCAUCUGCGCUAUCCUAACUCUUGAGGGCAUCAACCCAAACAUCAACGACUUCACCGGACGGACCCCUCUGCAGUGCGCCAGCUACGGCGGAUUCACAAACUCCAUUCUGUUGCUUCUAGAGAAAAGUGCCGACCCUAACUCACAGGACAGUGAGGGCAUGACUGCUCUACACUAUUGUUGCAGUUCAGGGUACCUCGACGCAGCCAAACUACUCCUGGAGCAUGGAGCAUUCCCAAACCACAUGGAGUAUUCGGAGGAGCGUUUAACCCCCCUGGAUUAUGCACUGCAGAAUGAGCAUCACCACGUUGCGCAGUACAUGCUGGAGCAGGGUGCGUUGUCCAUCACGGGGAUUCGUGACAUAGCGGCCAUCAGAGUCCAGGCUUACUUCCGGGGGUACCGAGUCCGGAAGACGUUUGUGGAGAGGAAGAAGUUGCUGAUGAAACACGAGCAACUACGUAAGGAUGCUGCUAAGAAAAAGGAGGAGAUGACAAAGAAGAAUGAGACAGGGGAAGUUUUCAGAAUUGAUGAAAUCAACGGAGAUGAUGAGAACAAAUCAGAUCUUAAAUCUGGCCUCCUCGAAGCUGAUGAAAAAGAGAAAAACCUAGACACCGAUAGCGGCCAUGAUAGCGACUCCAAACAAUCCGCAAAGUGUUGCUGGGCGACUGAUUCACCCCAGAGAGCUGAUGACAAAACUUUCAUAGAAGAUUAUCCGACUGAUGAAGGAAAUAAUUUGGUUAUAACAGAGGUUGAAUCUGAAAGCCGAGUACACGCCCGAUGGAAGGAAGACAAACUUGAAAGUCAAAACCCAUCAGUCGAAAACCAUUUUGUAAAAUCUCUCGAAGAAGAUCGUAAAGCAAAUGAGGUUUAUGAUUUAAGUGAACAAACUGACGAAUGCAUCAAUAACGUCAACGAAAACUCAAACAACAGUAAUAAUACUGAUUUGGUCGCAACCAUCGCUGACAGGGUUGAUGAGUUGGACGUACACGGAAUUGAUAAGGGGUUUGUGUCAUCCAGUGAGACUGACGGAGCUUCUUCCGGUCAACAACGAUGGACACUAGAGGAGAGGCGGCAGAUUGUCGAGAAGGAACGGAACAGACUUGCGUUCUGGAGGAAGAAGAACGAUUCGGCAGCCGUCAUCCAAAAAUCAUGGAGAAACUUUAAACACACAAAUGAGUCAAACGAUCCCACUGACCAACACCCUACCAGCUUCCAGCGAUCAUCCAAACAUUCUACAGAACCCAGAGCACACCCCAGAGCACACCCCAGAGCACACCCGAGAGCAAGAUCCAUAACAGACCCAGGGGGUUCUCGCUACCAACAGACAGUAACCUUUCCCUUGCAGAACGGACACUCCAAACUUAUUCAGAAGCUGCAACCACAGCUAAAUGCACUGAGACAGACGGCAGUUCUGCAGAACAUCUAUGCUGGGAGGCAGGGUGUUGGUGGAGGAUGGCAUGCUCAAUCGUCGGUCCGCAGAACACGUCCUCAUUACCAACAGUAUGUGCCAUCAGCAGCAGCUUCCUCUUUCAACUUUGCCAUGGAUAGCUACCAACCUGUGGUACGUCGAGCCAAAAUGCCUACCAGUCUUCGGCCCGCCAGUCAAUUAGAUGGAGAACGAAGUUGCAAUGAAAUAAGAAGGUCUUCCAAGAGUGCCAAGCACUAUUCAUACCACCAUCAUUAAAUCAUGUAAAUAAUAUACCGCCUCAGAAGGUAGGGAUGCUGACGGUAGGAGAAAGUAGUUUCUUUGACAAGUAUUCAUAAAAAAAAACCAAUAAUGCAAAAGCUUCUUCCAGCAUGAGAAUGUAGUUUUGAUGACAGUACAAAGUCUUCCAGAAUUUUCAUUGUGGUUUUACCCAUAUACACUGAUGUGUGUAAGCACUGUAUACUCAGUACUUACCCCCCGAGUUUAGUGGAAAAAAAAUCGCAGACAUAUUACUCGGGUGGGAUUCUUGAAUUCCAGGAUUCUUCCAGAAUUGCGAACAGUAUUCCAAAACUAUAAAUACUGAACUUGGCAACUCUCUGUGCCAGGGAACCAUUUUGUCUGGUUUCCUAUGGCAUGUACACAACAUGUAUUCUUAAGCACAGAGCCAGUGUAUUUUCUUCCUUAAAUUGGUGCCGUCAUUCUUUUUAGGGUAUACAUAGUAAAAUGGUUUCAACUAAACCAUUGUUUUGGGAAUGAAUAGAUAUUUUUUAAAUUUCUUACCACAAACUUCUGUAAAAUCUAUAUUUAUAUAUUUAUAUUUAACAUUUCAUACUGCCCUAUUUUCUAUCUUUAUAUAUUUUUACGCUGUAAAUGCUCUAGUAAAAGAAGUUUUACUGACUUUUAUUUGCCUGUUUUCUAUAAUAUUUAAACUGUACAUUUUUUACUUUAAGCAGUUUUACUUGAGCAACAUGAGUGUCACUGAUUGAGGGAGGGGUAACAUAAUCUGUGAAAAUUACGAGUAAAAUAAUGGAAGAAAAAACACCCUCAGAUGCUUGAAUUCGAGACCUCAGCAGA